GUGCCGUAGCAUCACAGCUUGCAGCAACCUCAAACUCGUGGGCUUAAAGCGAUUCUCUUGCCUCAGCCUCCCAAGUAGCUGGGACGACAGGCGCCCACCACAAAGCCCGACUACUUUCUGGCUGUAGUUGUCAUUGUUGUUUGAAUCUAAGAAGCGAUGACGUUUGCUGAGGAUAAGACUUAUAAGUACAUCUGCCAUCAUCACAGCAGCUUUUGCCGUGUUGAUGUUCUGGAGAUCCUGUCUUACCUGCCCUGCCUCACAGCCAGUGACCAGGAUCGACUGCGGGCCCUCUACUGCCAGCGGGGGAACCAGGACACCCUCUGGGAGCUCUUCAACCGCCUCCAGCGGCGGACACACUGGGUGGAUUUCUUCAUUGAGGCGCUGAGGCGAUGUGAGCUGCCUGAUCUCGCUGACGAAGUGGCCCGUGUCUACCACAGCUACCUGCCUCGGACCUCAAGUCUCCCCCCAGCCCCACCACAGCCGCUGUCAGUACCCAUUGAGGUUCCAGGUCCCUCCAUACCUACAGCAGCCCACAGCCUCCCCUACAACGGCUACAGAGAGAUGGAGCCCAGUUACCCCACACCUGUCCAGGACACCCAGCUGCCAGAGUCCUCGGGAGAAAGUUCAAAGGAAGCCCCACUGACAUCCAGCUCUGGAGCCAUCCCAAAGAGGCCAAGUGGCCCUCUGCAGACCUCUUCUGACCUGGCAGCCCUCAGCCCUCGAGUCUCUAGUGGGCACCAGAAGCAGAACACAGAACUGAGCAGAUCCUACACUGCAGGUACAGUCUCCAGCCUCACGCCAUCCCGUGGGCCAGUGUCUCCAACUGUGUCCUUCCAGCCACUGGCCCGUUCCACUGUCAGGGCAAGCCGCUUGCCUGGGCCUGCGUUGCCAGCUUCAUCUACAGGCCCCUCUGCCUGCUCUUCAUCCACUGGCUCAGUUUCUGCAGGGGGUGCUGGUGACCAGGCUGAGCCUACUGUCUGCUGCAGUGGGGCAGAGGCACCCACCACCUCUGUGACUACAAGCACAGUGCCUUCAAGAGUGCCUGCCACCUUGAUGCCUGUGACCACAGUGCCCUCCAAGCUGCCCACCAGCUCAAAGUCCCUGGGUACAGUGCCUUCUAACGCGCUCACCAAUCUAGCACCAUCCAAAUUGCCCAUUAACUCCACACGUGCUGGCACAGUGCCAUCCAAAGUGCUCACUAGCUCGAUGCCCACUAAGGUGCCUGCCAGCGCAGUCCCCAGCGGCAAAGCUGAGGAGAUGACAGUGGCUACAAGGCCCAUAGGUGCUACUGGAGGCAGCUCUUCGAGCUGGAGCUCUGGCCCUGAGCUGAGCAAGCCUGGCGUGCUGGUGUCUCAGGUGGACAGCCAGUUUUCCGGCUGCUCUGAAGACCUUGCCAUCAGUGCAAGCAGCUCCUUGGGCCCUGGGGCCUAUGGUAGUCCGGAGGAGAAUGAGUACGAGUCUGUGGGCACCUUGGGGAUCCACGUGUCUGAGGCCCCCAGUGCUGACCUCCUAGAGGGCAACCCUAGGCCAGAUGCUGUCCCACAGCUCCAGACCCAGGACAGACCAAAGUCCCAGCCCAUCCAGCCAGGAGCAGCCACUCAGGAAGAAGAGGAGGAGAAAGAGAUGACCGGGAAUGUCUGGGUUGAGCCUUGGGCUCCAUGGCUCCGUAGAGCCAUAGCUGGGUUGCUUGUAGUCACACUGCUGGCUGUGUUGUACCGGCGGCGCCAGCUCCAGUGAAGCCCUUGACUCUCCCCACCAUGUAUCUGCUCUGUCCCCUCUCUGGUCCCUAUGCCCUGCCAGGCAACUUCAGGGAGGUCUGAAAGUUCUCAUGGAUCCCAAAGCGGGUGGGGCUAUCCUGCCAACCUUAUCCUUUUCUUGGAGCUGAGAGGGGCUGGGUCAGAGGAGUCUAAGGGACCCUGCAACCUGGCAGGAGCCUUCGCAAGAUAGAGUUCUGGGGGCAGCAUUCCAUCCUUGCUCUUGCACCUGUGAGUCCCUUGCCGUCUUUGGCUUCCUGGGGCUUGGGCUGCCCCAGCACUCCAACCUCAGCCACCUGGCAAUCCAGGUUGUGCCUUCUGGAGGAGGUGCCUCUCUUCAGGUCACAUCCCUAUUAGAUGAGGAGGUGCCACUGGAGCACAUAUGGGGGUCGGUAAUGCCCCUCAUCCUGCACAGGUCUCAGGGCAGUUGUGCAGGGUGGGGGACCCCAUAAGACCCACUUCUACCCCCAGCACCCAGCCUGAACUCAUUGCCCUGGGGCAGGCAGGAAUGGCUAGGUGGCUGGACUCUGGGGACCCAGCUGCUGCUUUGGGUUCCUGCCCCUUGGUGCCUGUGCCCUGCUAGGCAACUCCAGGGAGGUCUGAAAGUUCCCGUAGAUCCCAAAGAAGCUAGAGGCAGCUGCCAGGCCUAAGGAAGACCCUGGCACCCUUCUCUAGGCUCCUCACCCACCUCCUCCUUCUCUCCCCUGGUCUCUAUUCUCUUUACUCCCCUACUUGGGCUGUAGAGGGGACACCAGGUGGGCAGAGAUCAGGCUGAGGGUUGGAUCUCAGCUCCACCUCUCCCUGGGCCGUGUGGCCUUAGCAGGUUGUCAGACUUUUCUGGUCUUGCUUCCCCACAUGGACAGUGAGUUUCUGGCUCACCCUUUGGGGGUUCUUCUGAGAUUGGAGCCUGUAGGUGUUGCUGAGUGCCUGGCUCAGAGCAGGUGACUACUAAAUGCUCCUCUUGCCUCUCUCCUGCCUACCACCCUGCUAGAGCUGGGAGCGUGGAAGGCAGAGAGAAUGGUGGGUUAGGGUGCAACACUGCAGCACAACCCCACUCUGCUUCUCACCAGCUCUGUGACCUUGGGCAAGAGAUUAGCCACUCUGGGCCUUAGUUUCCUCACCUGUAAAACGGGGAUGAAUAAUGUAUAUCUCCUAGUAUUUUGAGAAUUAAAUGAAUUUAUCUAUGUAAAUCUUAGGAUGAUUCCUGGAAUUUACUAGGGGUUAGAUAUAUGUUGUUAUUAUCACUUUUAAAUGGGAGGGACUGGAGCCCUUGGCUACACCGUUAGAGGCAAGCCCAGACCUUCCUGCCUUAUCCCUCUUUAUAUUUGCCCAUUUUGUUAUCCUGUGCAUUGGGACAUUGUUGGGGAGGGAGGUGUGUCUGCUGGCGUAGCUGUGCAGGAGAGGGGCCAGGCAUUCUCCCCACCCUCACUGCAAGUUCACCCACUGUUGGGGAGACAAGCUAUAUUUAUACCAGAAACACAUUGGCGUGGAUUAGGGUGUCCUUUUGGGUUUUUUUCAGGCAGCCACCUCUGGGCAAGGGGCUGGCACAAGAGCCUCAGGAGCCACUUCUGUUUGGUGCUCUGCAAGGGACAAUAUAACUGGAGGCCUUUGAGGCAUCCAGGAUGGGGCUUGCUGUGGCCCAGCCUCAAGCUGUUGGCCAUCAGGGUCCUGCACCCUGCUUUAGCUGCUACAGACUUUCCUCUGCAAUGUCAUUGGGGACUUCAGUGACCCAAUGACCUUUGCUCUGAACUGUUCUUCAACCCAUGCUCCAAACCCAUCACCCUGUACCACAAAACCAGGAGUGGUCCCUACCCAAGCUGUUUGUACCACUCCCCAUCUGCCUUGCUUUUUUUUUUUUUUUGAGACAAGAGUUAAGCUUUGCUGCGCCAGGUAGGGUGCAGUGGUAUCGUUGUAGCUCAAACUCCUGGGCUCAAGUGAUUUUCUUGCCUCAGCCUCUCGAGUAGCCAGGACUACAGAACUGCACCAUGCCAACCAACUAAUUUUUCUUCUUUUGAGACAGAGUUUCACCCUAUUGCCCCAGUCUAGAGUGCCAUGACCUCAGCCUAGCUCAUAGCAAUCUCAUAUUCCUGGGCACAAGUAUCCUCCUGCUUCAGCCUCCUGAGUAGCUGGGACUACAGGUGCCCACCACAACACCCAGCUAGAUUUUUUAUUUUUGGUAGAGACAGGGUCUCACUCUUGCUCAGGCUAGUCUGGAACUCUUGAGCUCAAACAAUCCACCUGCUUUGGCCUCCCAGAAUGCUAGGAUUAUAGGCGUGAGCCACAAUGCCCCACCACCUUGCUCUUAAUAGGACCUCUGUCCUUCCAUCCCCGGCCAGGUGCCCAUGGGGAGCCGGUUGGUGAGCAAGUCACACACGGUGACUAGUUUUAAUGUGUUCCUCUCCCAGGGAGCUGGAGAAAAGUAUCUCAAGAUGGCAACAUGGAGCCUGAAGGAGUGUUGCCCUUACGGCAUUUCAAGCUCAGUUACCAGCCACUGUGGGAGACACCUUGGGUAAGGUGUGUAGGAAGUGUUAAGGGGACUUCCCACCACUUUUCAGAUGAUGCUGCUAGAAGACCUGACUUGGCCUGCAUGCAUCAGCAGCCUCAAUGUAGCUGUUAUCAACCCAAAGGUCUCACCAAAGUUGACUUCAGUCAAGAUGGGAAUGGGCCAAUGUACUGGCCAGCAUCAUGCAUUAGGUGUCCUGUAUUUGGAGUGUGGCUUUCAGCUGCAGAGGGUGCAUGUAGGAGGGAGAGCCAGGAAGGUCACCCUCAUAGCCAUGGCUAGGACAAGGUAGAGGUCAGAGCCCAGGGAAGGGAAGGAAGACCUUCACUUCCAGUGGGGUGGGCUGGCCACCCACACCAAGGGACUUGACAAGGUACAUUUCACCUGGGGCGGCACCUGGGGCUCAAAGGAGUAGGGCGCAGACCCCAUAUACCGGAGGUGGUGGGUUCAAACCCGGCCCCAGCCAAAAACUGGAAAAAAAAAAAGAAAGAAAGAGCAGCAGCAGGUGGCUCAAAGGGGUAGGGCACCAGCCCCAUAUGCCAGAGGUGGCGGGUUCAAACCCAGCCUUGGCCAAAAACUACAAAAAAAAUAAAAAUAAAAAUAAAAAAAAGAAAGAAAGAAAAAGAAAAUACAUUUCACCUUGGGGCACUCUACCAAGGGCAACAAAGUGAGACUCUGUCUCAAACAGAAAAGAAAAGAAAAGAAAAGAAAAAAAGGGUGGGGCCUUGGGGGAAGUGAUUAGGUCAUGAGAGCUCUGUCCUCACAACAAGAAAGCAAAGACCCCAUCCUACAGCAACCUCCUACCACCCAGUGUUUCCAGUAUGAGAGUGAGUGGUCUAAUGGAGUGUUCCUGGAUCAUAGGGUGGAGGGUGGGGAAGGAACGAGGAUUGUUUUAAUCACUUUUGUACUGUUCAUGAUUAUAAUAAGUCAGGAGUGGGGUAAUAACUCUUAUAACCCAUAGGGAAUAAGUCUUGACAAGAUCAAAUGUUGAUUAAAAUAUGAAACUCUUGGGCCAGGUGCUGUGGUUCAUGCCUGUAAUCCCAGCACUCUGGGAGGCCAAGGCAGGUGGAUUGCCUGAGCUCACAGGUUUGAGACCAGCCUGAGAAAGAAUGAGACCUGUCUCUAAAAAUAGCCAGGCAUUGUGGCUGGCACCUGUAGUCCCAGCUACUUGGGAGGCUGAAGCAAAAGAAUCACUUGAGCCCAACCAAGAGUCUGAGGUUGUUGUGAGCUAUGAUGCCACAGCACCCUACUGAGGGUGACCAAGUGAGACUCUCUCAAAAAAAAAAAAAAAAAAAAGUGGGGCUUUGGGGAAGUGAUUAGGUCAUGCAAGCUCUGCCCUCACAAAUGGGAUUAAGUGUCCUGUAAAAGAUGCUCAAGGGGGCCUUUCUGUCCCUCCUGCCAUGUGAGAUGAUGUCGUGUCUCUGAAGCUGAGAGCAAGCACUCCUCACACACUGAAUCUGCUGGCACUUUGGCCUUGGGGUUCCUAACCAGCCUUGAGAACUGUGAGAAAUAAAUUUUUAUUGUUUGUAAAGUACUCAACCUAGGGUAUUUUGUUACAGCAGCCCAUUUGGAUUAAGAUGUUGGUAUGAUCCUGUUGGAAAACUGGCAGUAUCUACUAAAGCUGGACAUAGGCAUGACCUGUGUUCCAGCAGGCCUACUCCUGGGUGUGCACACCACAGGAACAAGAGCUUGUGUCCACCAAGACAUGGGCUAGAAUGUUUCUUUUCUUCUUCAUUUUUAUUUUCCUGAGACAAAGUCUCCCUCUGUUGUCCAGGCUAGAGUGUUAUGGAAUCAGCCUAGCUCAUAGCAACCUCAAACUUCUGGAUUCAAGCAAUCCUCUUACCUCAGUCUCCUGUGUAGCUGGUACUGCAGUCUUCCACCACAAUGUCUGGAUAAUUUUCUAUUUUUAGUAGAGAUGGUGUCUUACUCUUGCUCAAGAUGGUCUUGAACUCCUGAGCUCAAGCAAUCCUCCUGCUCGGGCUCUCAAGAGUGCUAGCUAGGAUUACAGGUGUGAGCCACCGUGCCCAGCCACAAGAAUGUUUCUAACCACCACACUGUUCACAACAGCCCCAAACUGGAAACAGUCCAGCCCAGUAGUAGAAUGGAUAUGUAAGUUGUGAUGAAGUCACACAGUAGAAUGUUAGUAUACAGAAAUGAAUAUGAAUGAAAACAUUGCUACACAGAACAACAUAAUAAAUCUCACAAAAGUCAGUACACACAAGAGUGCUCACUAUAUUUAGAAAUAAGUACAGCUGGGCUGGAUGUGGUGGCUCAUUCUUGUAAUCCUAGCACUUUGAGAGGCUAAGGCAGGAGGACCACUUGUGGGCAAGAG